AUGAUGAGGUUUUUACACGUUUCCAUUGGUUUAAUCGCCGCUCUGUGCGUCGGAGCGGCGCACAGCUCCUGGGAGGAAAGCACCGUGGUACCGGUCAGACUGGACCCGGUGGCCCGGUCGGAGAGCGACACAGAACCGUGGAGGACUCUCUCCGCGGAGGAGAAGGAGAAGGAGGCGGAGAUGAGGGAGUACAGGUUGGACGUAUUUGGCAAGGAGCUGGUCUUGCAGCUAGAGCCUGAUCAAACCUUCUUGGCACCGGGUUUUGUCUUCCACAUUGUGGGGAGUCCCGAGUCCGAACCGACUCUGGACCCCAAAAGUGGAGCCGAACCGGGCUGCUUCUUCUCCGGGACGGUGAACGGAGAGGGACACUCUGUGGCUGCUCUCAACCUGUGCCACGGACUCCGGGGCGGAUUCUACUUUCGGGGUGAAGAAUAUUUUAUUCAGCCCCUUAACUCCAGUGACUUCAAGGACGUCCACACGAUCCGCCGGAGAAGUCGGGCAGCUUUGGCCGAGGAGGGGAGCUCAAAGUGCGGGGUCAACGAGGACGAGGAGAGGGUCCCAAAUAACCUGGAGGAAGAAGACGAGCACGGAGCCGCCAACGCAGACCAGACAGAGCACCACAGAACCAGACGUUUUGUUUCCACCCCUCGCUACCUGGAGAUCAUGAUCGUGGCCGACCAGUCCAUGGCUGAGUUCCAUGGCGCCGGGCUGAAGCCCUACCUCCUGACCAUCAUGGCAGUGGCGUCCCGCCUCUACCGCCACCCCAGCAUCCACAACUCCAUCAGCCUGGCGGUGGUGAAGCUGCUGGUGGUGUACGAGGAGGAGCGAGGCCCUCAGGUGUCGUCCAACGCCGCCAUGACCCUCCGCAACUUCUGCCAGUGGCAGCGGCAGCACAACCCGCCCAGUGACCGCCACCCCGAGCACUAUGACACCGCUGUGCUCUUCACCAGGACGGAUCUGUGUGGUGCCCACUCUUGUGACACCCUGGGCAUGGCAGAUGUUGGCACCGUGUGCGACCCCGACAGAAGCUGCUCAAUCAUUGAGGACGACGGGCUGCAGGCAGCGUUUACUGUGGCACAUGAACUCGGCCACGUCUUCAACAUGCCUCAUGAUGAUGCCCAGCUGUGCUCCGGGGUCAACGGCGCCCACUGGGGCUCCCACAUGAUGGCCUCCACCCUGUCCAACCUGGACCAGCAGCAGCCAUGGUCCCCCUGCUCCGCCCUCAUGGUCACCACCUUCCUGGACAACGGCCAUGGUCAGUGCCUGCUGGAUAAACCGGUCAAACCUCAGGUGCUCCCUCAGCCCCUGCCCGGGACGGUGUAUGACGCAGACCACCAGUGUCGGCUCACCUUUGGCGACGACUCCCAGCACUGCCCCGAUCUGAGCACCACGUGCGCAGCUCUGUGGUGCACCGUGACCACGUCCAAUGGUCUGCUGGUGUGCCAGACUAAGAACUUCCCCUGGGCCGAUGGAACGUCAUGCGGGCAUGACAGCUACUGCCUGGCCGGACACUGUCUCACUAAGAGCCAAGCCGCCAAACAUCAGACUCCUGUCAAUGGUGGCUGGGGAGUGUGGGGUCCCUGGGGCGACUGCUCACGGACCUGCGGUGGAGGGGUGCAGUAUUCCUUCCGUUCCUGUGACAACCCUUUGCCCAAGAACGGGGGCAAGUACUGCGAGGGCAAGAGGAUCCAGUACCGCUCCUGUAACACUGACACCUGCCCUGACACCAACGGACUGUCAUUCCGCGAGGAACAGUGCCUGGCCCACAACGACAUGUCAGCCCAAGUGUCGCUGGGUUCAGGCGAGGGUGUCGAGUGGGUGCCCAAGUAUGCUGGAGUUUCACCCAAAGACCGAUGCAAGCUGAUGUGCCGGGCCAAGGGGACUGGAUACUUCUUUGUCCUCAAAUCUAAGGUGGCUGAUGGCACACCCUGCAGCCCGGACUCCACCUCAGUCUGCGUUCAAGGCCAGUGUGUAAAGGCUGGCUGCGAUCGCAUCAUCGGCUCCAACCGACGCUUUGAUAAGUGCGGUGUGUGUGGAGGAGACGGCUCCACCUGCAAGAAAGUGACCGGCUCUCUGGAGCGUGCCAGGCCUGGUUACCAGGAUGUUGUCACCAUCCCUGCUGGUGCAACCCACCUGGACGUUAAGCAGCGUGCCCCAGGCAACGGUCGUCAAGAUAACAGCUACUUGGCAGUGCGUCGCCAGGAUAGAACCUAUCUGUUAAACGGCGAAUACAAGCUGAUGACCAUGGAGACCGACAUCGCCUUGCGUGGGGCGCUGUUGCGAUACAGCGGCUCAUCUGCCGUCCUGGAGCGCAUCCGUAGCUUCGCCCCGCUCCCCGAGCCCCUCACCAUCCAGGUGCUGUCUGUAGGUGAAGCCCCGAGGCCCCGGGUCAAGUACAGCUACUUUGCCCCGAGACCCAACAAUGCUGCUUCAGCCUCCAGCAGCAACGGAGUCCGCCGCCAUUCCAUCAAUGCUAUAAGGGAGGUGGGUGGAGCCGAGUGGACCCUGAGGGAGUGGGGUCUGUGCUCCCAGACCUGUGGCGGAGGUUUGCAGCAGAGAGAGGUGGUGUGUCUGGAUCCCCAGGGUCGCACGUCCAGAGAUUGCCCGGAGGAGCUGCGGCCCUUGGCCUCUCGGUCCUGCUCCACCCAGUCCUGUCCCUCCUGGCUCCUCGGAGAAUGGUCGGUCUGCUCCAAGACCUGCGGCCGAGGCUUCCGCAAACGCCAACUGCGCUGCAUCGGCCACGACGGGCGCACGCUAACCCAUGACAGCUGUGACCCCAAAGACCGGCCGCGACCCCUGCUGGAACUGUGCAAUCAGAGUGCCUGUUAAGGAGUGCUCCCACAAUCAGACCUCCUUUCAUACACCGAGCUUUCAGAAAGACACCAGAUAUAUAAACUCUGACCUUCAUCGCCUCUUUUUUUCACACGGACAAACUAAAUAAGGCGAAUGAAUGUUUACAUCCAGAGCAAGAGUGGCUUUCAUGGGUCCAAGGUAGUCUGAUACGUCCACAACGACUGCGGCAUUAAAGGCCAAUUUGUACCCAUUCACUCCAUCCAUUUUGGGGCCAGACGUCGGUCCGCAGUGGCACUGCCUCCUGGUUGAAGCAAUAAAGGCUGAUUACAGCUUGCUGCCUGUCUGGCCUCAGCGCAACAGUGGCACAUUAUGCCUCCCGUCAGGGGAAAGAAAGAAAGCAUGUGCAUUCCUGAUUUCCUAAAGGAGCAUGCUGCUUACCGUGCCAAUGUCACGCUUGUGUGUGGGUGUGUGGGUGUACCUGAGUGAGUGUGAGACUGUGUGUGUGUGUGUGUGUGUGUGUGUGUGUGUGUGUGUGUGUGUGUGUGUGUGUGUGUGUGUGUGUGUGUGUGUGUGUAAAAAAAUGUUUAUGCAUAUAUGUGAUGUUUGUCCAAGCUGGGCUGGACAGACACAUAAGGGGUUGGGGUGGGGGAUGUUAUUGCAGAGUCUAUAAAGAAACAAAUGAAAGAGAAAAGCUCAUAUUCUACUUACUCGCCCCAUCAGGUAUGGAAAAAUAAGAUAGCUAAUAGUCAUAGUGUUUAUGUUCAAGCCAGUUUAUUUAUCACAAACCUGUAGCACUUCAUCUUUUGUUUUUUGCCAGCGGCACAUUGUAACACCCGGUUGUCUCUAAAUGCCUCAGUACGCUGUACUUUGUCCUUUAGCCAUAUCUUGCCCUCGUCUAUGCAACCUCCAAUGAGGGAACUCUUCAACUACCAAAGAGGAGUGUCUGUGUGUGUGAGUGGGUGUGUGUGUGUGUGUGUGUGUGUGUGUGUGUGUGUGUGUGUGUGUGUGUGUGUGUGUGUGUGUGUG